AUGGCUGUGUCCCGGGCCCUGGGCACCCCAAAGAAUGAAUUAUCCCCUGGCACUCACAAGGUUGAAUUGUUUGGACGACCUCACAAAGUGCAACCCAACUGGAUCACCCUCGGGAACCAGCUGGAUCCAGUAGGGAUCCACCUACUAGAUCCAGAUGUGGUUGCCCAGUUCAAGCAAAGGUAUCCAGACGGUAUCAUCUCUAAACCUAAAAAUCUAUAG